AUGGGACGUUUUUUGCCACUGGAUCAGGUCCCUCACUGUAAAACACUUUUCAGCAUAAAAACGACUCUGAUUUCCAUUGGCAGCCACUCGUAUAACGAGAAAAACUUCCGAACAAAGAUCAACGCUUCGACCAGCGUGUAUUGGAGAUUUGAUGUGCCCGCAGUCCUCUUCGACGGCAAUAAAUAUAGCGCUGACUUUGAUGCCAUUCUCACCACAACGAAAGAUGUGAUCGUCGUCCAGAACACGCUUUAUUCUCGACUCCUCCGCAAACUUGGCGCCAAGCUUGAUCCAAAACGCAAGCAAUACGUCGUGGAAUGCGGACAGAAUUACGACAUCAAGCUGUUAAUUGGAGGAGCCGAGAUUCCCAUUCAAUUCGGCGCUUAUACCGAGAGGACUCAGGGGAAUGAGUGCCGUCUGAAGGUCGAAGGCAGCUUACGCAACCAGCUGAUUCUGGGAGCGCCCUUCUUUACAAACAACGGGAUUUGUUUGGACUACGAUAAUAACUCAAUUGAUUUCUAUGACUCGACCUUGCACGAUGAGCUUGAGUUGGUCAGCGGAAUCAGCGAAAAUAAUGGGACGUUCAAGUCGGUUGUGGUUGAAAACCUGAAGUGA